AUGAGCUCUGUUCUAGGCUUCAUCAAGCGCGUUAGGAAUAUAUCGUCUCCGCCCGAGAUUCCAAAGGCUGAGAACCCAAUCCGCUUUGGUAUCCUCGACGCAGCAAAGAUUGCCCCCGAAGCCCUGAUCAAGUCAGCGAAGAGUCAUUCCGAUGUUGUUGUAGCUGCCGUUGCGGCACGCGAUAAGACGAAGGCAGAGACGUUCGCGCAGAAAUGGGGAAUCAAGAAGGCAUACAGUGGUCCUAACGGAUACGACGAUCUCCUGGACGACCCAGAAAUCGACGCCGUCUACAAUCCGCUCCCGAACUCGUUACAUUACGAAUGGACCUUGAAAGCCUUAUCUAAGGGAAAGCACGUUCUCUUAGAGAAGCCCAGCUCGGACACCGCCGAAGAAACCCGAAAGAUGUUCGAGCUGGCGGAACAAAAGGGACUAGUCCUUCUGGAGGCGUUUCAUUACAGGUUUCACCCUGCCGUACAACGUGCCAAAACUCUUCUAGAUAGCGGCGAACUUGGUGCCAUUAAGAAUCUGACUGGUUAUCUCACCUUACCCGACAUUGGAAUGUUCCCGAAGGAUGACAUUCGGUGGGAUCUUUCCCUUGGUGGCGGAUGUAUGAUGGACAUGGGCGGCUACCCCUUAAGCGCCGUCCGCUUCCUCGCAGGGACUGACCCCGUCUCGGUGCUCAGCGCAGAAGCAGACAUCAGGCCUCCUGCAGCCGGCCUGGUGGACAAGGGCAUGACUGCAACGUUCGCGUUCCCCAACGACGUCACCGCCUCAAUAAAAUGUCACUAUGGCACGCCGUCCGCGCUGGGCUUCAUCCCACGCCUUCCUGAACUCACCAUCAAGGUGGAGUGCGAAGGGGGCGAGCUCACUUUGACCAAUUUCAUCGCGCCAAUGGUGUGGCACUCCAUCACCGUCAGCAAGCGUGAGGGACGGGGACGCGUUACCAGGACGGAGAAGGCAUACACUCUCGAGGGUGGCAAGGGUGAGCCAUGGUGGACGACGUAUCGAUACCAACUUGAGGCAUUUGCGGACACACUGAAGGGGCGCACUCCGCAUUACUGGAUGUCUGCGGAAGAUUCGGUCGCCAAUAUGUACUGGAUCGAACGUGUCUAUGAGAAGACCGGGUUAAGGAGCCGACCGGCGUCGACUUUCGCACUAUGA